AUGGCAGAUGGACGCGAUGCCUGUCCGCUCCCUUCCCCUGACCCGGCCGCCCUGUUUCUCAACCCUCCGCCCGCCCCGCCCCAGAUCACCGUGCAGCAGAACCUCAUCGCCAAGCUGCCUUUCUGCGCCUUCAACGGCGGCAACGAUGUUUUCGUGGACAUUGGCAACAAGUGCAUCGGCCUGGACGCCCUCAUGAGAUACCUGGGGGCAGCGCCGCCCGAGGUGAUGCACGUGGGCGAUCGCUUCACAGACAGCGGCAAUGACGCCGCCACACGUGACGUGUGCUCCAUCGUGUGGGUGGCCAACCCGGAGGAGACGGCCUUCUUCAUCAGGUGA